UUUUGUGUAGCAAAAGGUUCUUAUUCUCUUGCUAAAGUUUGUUAUUUUCGUGGGAAACUAUAUUUACUCAUAAAAUAAUAAGUAGGAAGAUUGGUAGUAAGAAAAAAUUGAAGGAUAUUUGAUUUCUCAUUCCAUUUAUAUGGUAAUUACUAAUUGUUGUUUAUAAAAAGUUUGACCUAGUAUGACAUCCCCAAGAUACAUUGGUAGUUGUAGAUGGCUUAACAAUUUGUUUGUUUUGAAUAUUUUUAUUGUAAUUCGGUUGGUUUAUUGAAUUUGAUUUAAUCGUUUUUUUAGCAUUUCUAGUUUCUCCAUAACUAAAUUGAAUAACAUUCAGUUUGAAGGGCGGGUCGGUUUUGUAUUAUGUUUUAUUUAUUAAAAGAAUAACAAACAUAAUUAAAAAAAAAUGCAAAAUGUGAAUCAAAUAGGCAGCAGAGUCUUUUUAAAUUUAACUAGGAUCAAAUCUGCAAUAAAAUUUUGCCAUAAAAAAAAAUUACUAAAUUCUAACACCCUCAUUGUCUUGACAGAGAAGUAAAUCUAUUUUAUCUUUGGUUUGAGUCUGACUAAAUGCUAACUUCUUUUACAAGAGAGCUCACCCUAGUCAUCAAGCUAUCUAAAGGAACACUGAUCUUUCAUCCCUUUUUAGGUUGAGACUUGUACUCCUUCAUCAAACACGUUCAUGUCUUUCACAAUGACAAUGUCUAUGUUUCCUUUGACCACUCUUAUUUUUAGCCUCUUCCAAAUUUCAAGUCUUGCAAGCUCUCCACCCGAUUUAAUCAACUUCCGAUCACCCAAUCUCUACCCUGAGUCUCUCUCAUGGGACCCAACAGCCCAACACUUGAUAGUUGGUUCCCUCCGCCACCCAACUCUCCUUUCUGUUUCCGAUGCCGGUGUCAUCAACACACUAGUCACCGACGAUUCCAUUCCCGCCAACUCCUCUUUCCUCGGAAUCACAGUAGACGUUGUCCACAACCGUAUCCUAGCGGCGGUCCACCCCCGUUCACAACCUUCCAACUGUGCUCUUGCCGCCUACGACUUACACAGCCCCCAUCACCGCCUCUUUCUCACCACCCUCCAUGACGCCGCCUCCACCAACUCCGCCUCCGGGGCCAACGACGUCACAGUUGAUUUCUCCGGCAAUGCCUUCGUAACCAAUUCCGCCAGCAAUUUCAUCUGGAAGGUUGAUCUUGAAGGUAAAGCUUCUGUUUUAUCUAAAUCCAAAAUCUUCACAAAAACACCAGUUCCAGACUCGCCCUACAGCUCGUGUGGACUCAAUGGAAUUGCUUACUCUAGCGAAGGCUACCUUCUUGUUUCCCAGUCAAGCACGGGAAACUUAUACAAAGUUGAUUCCAAAGAUGGAACAGCGAGAAAGAUAGAAUUAAACCGGGAAUUGAAUGCCCCUGAUGGAAUUGCCAUCAGGAGUGAUGGCGUUCUGUUGGUGGUGUCGCAAUACAAACUGUACUUCAUCAAGAGUUCCAAUAGCUGGAGUGAUGGUGUGGUUUAUGACGAGAUUGUCCUUGAUACGCGGCGUUUCCCGACCUCGGUGACUGUAGGAGCGGAGGAUAGGGUUUAUGUGUUAUAUGGUAAUGUGAACGAGGGUAUAAUGGGAAAUUCACAAAGGGAUGAGUUUAGUAUAUUGAAGGUAAGGUUGGAGGACGAGAGUGGGGAUGAUGCAAUUUGGUUGUACGUAUUGAUUGGGUUUGGUUUCGCGUAUUUUUUGGUAUGGAGAUUUCAAAUGCAUCAGCUUUUUACAAACAUGGACAAGACGAAAAUUGUAUAAUCAUGAGGGUCUGCAACAAAAGUUUUAAUCCAUGAUAUCUAUCAUGUAUGGUAUACUAUGGUUAUUGGUAGAUUUCCAUUAAUAUAAAACAAAAGAAUCCUUUACAUUA